GCCGGGACCGAUCACCGGUCAGUGGGCUUCUGAGGCUCUCGGUGCGCGGAGCCGUCGGUCCGAGGAGGACAAGUCCGAGGAGGCUUUACGCACGGAUCUGUGUCUCUGAGGGAGACAUGGAAUCCAUCGAAAGGACUCGGGCACUGUGAAAAAGUUGCGUGUUCUUUUCUUUUUUCUUUUUUUGUCUUUGUCGACCUCGGACACGGAGACGCAGAUGAAAACCCUGUCAAUCACAGCAGAGUGAUCACAUCAUCCCUCUCAUCCGGCGCUGAGAGGUGCAGCGGAGGAUGACACCUGCACCCCGCCUGGCGAGGACCGGCGCGUUGUUCCAGACUGGGCACCUGUGAAGAGCGACUCUGUCUCCAGCUCUGCAGACAGGAGCGCGACGCUGCUCGCCGUCAUCGCCGCUCGUCUCCGGCGUUCUGCAGUAAACGGCGCAGUCGCUGCGCUGCUUCAUGUAUUUGCACCGUCGCAAAGCCUCGUCAACGACACUCGUGCACACAGGUAAUGUCUCAGCCACAGAAAUGUAGUCUGUGUUUAGACAGCCAUUCACCUCACCCUGACACGUCUGCACCGUUCGCCUCUUCGCACUGUUCCACUUGACAGUUCACGUCUUCUGGAUAGCAAGGAAUAAAAGAGAAGGGAAAAAAAACAACAACUCACCCUUCCCUUCUCUGCAGUCCGAUCUCUGGAGUUCUGACUCACCAUGGGCACUGUACUAUCACUGUCACCCGGCUCUCGCAAAUCAGGCUACUAUGACAACCGGCCGGGCUCGCUCAGCCACUACCCGAGCAUCAGCAGCCGCUCCCUCAACAGCCAGAAAGACCGCGGGCUCAAGAGGGGCCAGUCCAUCUUCCUCCCGGCGCUCACGUGGAAGCGGCUGGUGGCCUCGACGAAGAAGAGGGGCAACGCCAAGAAAGGCUCCGGCGGCCCGGCGGCCCUCGGCGAACCGCUCAACAACAACAACAACAUCAACAUCUACCAAAAGGACCCCUUGCUGCACCUCAACCGGGAGAAUGUGAAGAAGUCGCUGUCAUGUGCCAACCUGUCCAGCUACGAGGGCCCAGCAGGACUGGGCCCGGGGCUCGGCUACGGGAUGGGCCUGGGGAUGGGUCAGGGGCUCGGAUAUCCCUACAGCAAGUCCCAGCAGCUGUCGUCUGUGAAAAAAGUCCCCCAGAGCGCCGCGACCACGUCUCCGAAGCGUGUCAUCGUCCAGGCCUCCACCAGCGAGCUCCUGCGCUGCCUGGGGGAGUUCCUGUGUUGCCGCUGCUACCGCCUGAAGCACCUGUCUCCGGCCGACCCGGUGCUCUGGCUGCGGGCCGUGGACCGCUCGCUGCUGCUGCAGGGCUGGCAGGACCAGGCCUUCGUUACGCCGGCCAACGUGGUCUUCGUCUACAUGCUGUGCCGAGACGUGGUGGACGGCGACCUGGUGGCGUCGGAGCACGAGCUGCAGGCCAUCCUGCUCACCUGCCUCUACCUGUCCUACUCCUACAUGGGCAACGAGAUCUCGUACCCGCUCAAGCCUUUCCUGGUGGAGGCGGGUAAGGAGGCCUUCUGGGACCGCUGCCUCGCCAUCAUCGACGCCACCAGCUCAAAGAUGCUGCGCAUUAACGCGGACCCGCACUUUUUCACUCAAGUAUUCGCCGAACUGAAGAGCGAAGGUGGCUGUGCCCCUCAGGAUUAUAGUCGGGUGCUGGAUCGGUGAGAGGAGGUCCGAGCGCCCAUCUUUGCUGACCGCAUGCCUUUUUGUAUUUCAUGCACACAACUACUUGCACACAGACACGGAAAAUUUGUCUCACUCAGAUCUCCCUCCAAUAGUUUUCCUGCUGACGCUGCUCUGCGGAAGCAGAGAAGGCCUAUCUUGACAGAAGACUUUAUUUAUUCAUUCCCCCUGUGUUUGUUAACGCCGUCCCUUCCAUCCCCAGAUUAGAAACGAAGAAUUAAAACAUUUCCUCCCCCGAAUAAUAUCUCUGAUAAUUGGCACAUAGACGGAGGCUUUUCUCGCCUGGAAUAUCCACUUGAGUUGACAGGAGAUGAGGAACCAUUUGGUCCACCUGUCCCCUCGGACCCCACGCGGCCGGCCCCAGCCGUCCCAGCUGCCCCCGGGGAUCUGCGCAGCCAGGCAUCCCAGCAUCCGCAGUUAAACCCUGAAUGUGAAUGUCAUCGCUCGCCAUGAGCAGGACGACGGGGAACGUCGUCAUCAGUCACGGAAUCGCCCAUCGCAGGUUUAAUCUCCGGUCAUAUUCUGAACAUCCGGGGUGGAUUCAUUUUCAUUAGUGACACACUAAUCCACAUAGGCCAAAGUCAUUUCCUGGACAAUGCAAGGACACAUCUUGACAUAUCCACUGCUGGUUUAAGCCUCGAGUGCCAGCGGUGAAAAGUGACUCAGACUGACGGGAACAGCUGAGAGGUCCAUGUCGGGUCCCACUGGUCCUGCUGUGCGCUGUGUGAUCAGUAAAGCCAAAAGAACAGGCAGUGUUCCGGGGAGCCUGUUGAGGGUCGUCUGGCCUGAGGGGACAGUUGCUGUUUUAAAAAGAAAUCUUUACGCGCUCAAACCUGCCAAUGUUUCUCCUCUUUGUUUGUGUUUUAUCUAAUCUGAGGAGAGUUUCCUGGUGGAUCCACAAUGCUUCACAUGUUUUUUUUGUGUGAGUGUGUUUGCGCAGCCAUGUGCGCGUGUGUGUGUGUGUGUGUGUUUAUGUGUGCGUAAGCAUUGUGCCGAGGACUGCAGCCAGGGUCAUCAGCUGUUUACCCCGUCCUUUGUUCCCUGCGUCUUGUUGACAGGGCACCCACAGCCGUGGUAUUAAUGAGAUUAGCAGAUUACUGCAGCCCCUCCCCGCUCUCAACCUCUGCCCUCCCGCUUGUGCACUCGGCAGCCCUGCAGAGCGUCAGUGCGCUUAUCCAGGGCAGGCUGGCCUGGACUGGGCCGCACUGUGAACACACACACACACACACACACACACACAUUUAAAUACCCUCGUCGUGUGCAUAUCAUUCUCGUGCGUUCCGGUGCAUGAAUGAAAAAAAAACAGUGUGACACGCGUGCGCGCCUCAGGCUCAGAGGCGGAGGCAGUAAAGACCCAGGCAGGGAUGACCGAUGAGCGCUGCUGUUGUGGUUGAUGGAGUUUGUUGUUGCUGCCAAUCUGAAUUUGUCCCAGUUUCUCAUCAGUCACCUGCACGACCUCAUCUGCCACCAAGAGGCAUUCAGGGACAGGGAGUUGCUUUCUCUCACUCACUCUCUCUCUCUGUCUCUCUCCCAUAACUCGUCUCGUUGCAAAAUGAUUACCUCGACUGAGCCACUGGCAUUUGCUUGAAUCUCUAUUUACCAUGUGUUUUUCAUGCGUGUUUGUGCAUGUCAGAGGUGGGUCACAGAUGAGCAUACGGUUCGUGGUUAUUACACACAAAAAAGAAAUGUAUUCCUCAAUAGCAGAUCAUGUUACAUAUGUUUUCAGACGGAUUGACAUUGGAUGUCCAUAGCCAUCUAAUGGUUUAAUGUCCCGUGGAGAAGUCACUGAUCACCUAAUGUUUACAAAAAUCUUCAGUCGCAGAAAGUAGACAGACGCAGAAAUUAGUUAGUCUCAGUCAGUAAAAAGAAAAUAAACAGUGAAAGUACAAAUGGCAAAUUAUGCUUUGGAUUUUUGCAUUUUAGGUUAUUUUCUUCCUGUUUUUAAGCCGAACAGAUCCAUUCACAAAUGUUUUGUUUUUGUAUCUGCGUUCCUCACCUGUUAAUCAUCUGAAAAAAACAAAAUUGUCUUGGGACCCCUUCUGGGUUUGUGAACCACAGGUUUCUGUUGGUUCGUUGGUUGGUUGGUUGCUUGACAUCCACCACCAGGCGAUGCCAACAAUAGCAUGAGGCAAAGCUUUAAUCUCAUUGUGUUUGAGAAUCUGGGGGUUUAAGUGCUCCACCUCCCUCCUCCACGUGGCAGUCGCUCUUGUACACUUCGCUGUGAUGCUACAUUUUAUUCAUCCACAUACAUUGAACUUGAAUCCCAUUAGACAUGUGACCUAUUACGCAAAUGCAAAUACACUUUGGUGCACAUACUCUCCUUUGGGUAAUCCAGUCCUAAUCCUCCCACCCAAUCAAACAGAGGGAGGGAGCGCAGGAUGAAAACAUGAGGAAAUAAGUAAACGGUUCGGAAUCCGAAGAGAUUUGGUGUCACACUUCCCAAACUGUUUUGGCUCAGCAGCGUUCAAAUCCUGCUCUGGCGACCCGGAGGCCUCGGAGACAGAGAGCUCACGCGGGCUUAUUGCAGUCAAGCCUGCCAGAGGGAUCUCCACCAGGCAACCAGAGGAGCGACGGCAGUGAUUCACGCUGAGAGGGUCGAGGAGUGAAGCGCUGCUGCGGUCUCUCUGUCUGGAGCCUUGACCGGCAGCCAUUUUGGUUCUGUUGUUGUGGUCCCUGCAGCUCUCUGUCCUGGCCCUGGCUUUUAACAAGGACACUUGUCUCUUGACUCACCCCCCGCCCCCCCACACACACUCAGCUGUUGUUUCGCUGCCCGUUCCAUUAGAUUUGACACCCUGCACCCGCCAGCCAUUGUCAGGACGAGGAAGGGCAGAAUGGGGCCGUUUGUUGGCAUCGGGUUUGUGUGUGAAUGUGGGUCAAAGUGAAGGGCAGCAUCUGCCUCCACCGUCCGUCUCCUGUGGACCAGGACCAUAAUUAAAUCAGAAGUUACAGUACAGCGUGUCCAGGUGAUGCUGAUAGGGAACUCCUGCCCUAAAAUCAGCGACAAAUCGGGAAUAAUCUGCUGCAGAAUUUCCUCUCCUUUAAUGAAAAACCACUCAACUUGCUCACAUUUGGCUCAUUCUCUCCGUCAGUGGCACAGACGCAGAGGAGCCGUGUUUAUUGGUUGUUAAGUCCAAUCGAGCAUUAAGGCAAAAAAAGGCAACCGUCCCCUCUUUGACUUCCUUCUGUCCAAUCUGUCAUCGAGCUGGACCGCGAGUAGCCGUUCCCCCAAUCGUUUCACAGGGCAGAGAGUGUCCCUAAAGCCAAUUAGCUGGCAUCUCAGCUGGCGCCCUGAUUCUGUUCAUCCAAUCAAACCCUGCGGCAGCAUUCCCCACCUCUUAUAUGCGACUGGCCGCGGACACAUGAUGCCUGUGUGACAUCUCCGUGGGUAAUUUGUGGCUCUCGUUUCUGAGAAACUUGAACUCCAGAUAUUUAAACAAGUUCGAACGUGACGUUUCGUGCAAACUGGACCCUAUAGCCUGUGGAUGGGACCUUCAUCCGGCACACUGGCUACGUAAAUACGAAUAUCUCAGAUGGGCCUCAGACUGGCUACGUCUUAGAGACUCUGGGGGGGGGUUUUGUGAACAAUGUGACAAAGAUUUUAAGCAUAAGUGUGGUGUUAUUCUAUAAUUAUCUUAAUGUCAACAAGUCCCAUGUAUUAGACUGUGUUUUAGUACUUUCAGACUCAGCUGCCUUGUCUGUGUAUUCCCCCUAAAGACCAUGUGCUACUAAAUUAGACUCCAUACUAUAUACUAUACUUUAAUAUAUAGUACUGCAAAAGGUGGGCAUCAUACUGUUACGCAAACACUACUCCAACGGGAUGAAAUGCUCAAUCUGUCAUGGACUAUUUUCAGCUGUGGAUGAAUACACACAUAUGGUGCAGCAGGACACUGUGUGUAGCAUUAGCCGCGUUUCCACUGCGGGAACUUUUCUGCAGGAGCUUGGAUCUUUUGCGCGAACCAACGCAGGGAUCAGCGUUUAAAUGAAGUUGCAGGAAAAUCUUUUUACCCAAGAAAAAAAAAUCCCUGCUAGGACUGGACCAGCCAUUGGUCGUCCGUAGGUCAGCAGGCGAAUUUUGUCUAAUGGUCUUUAGACUGCAGUGGAAACGCAAAUAGGUAGUCCCCCACCUUCGUUGUAAUGAAGGAACAUGGAAUCCAGUUCACGUUGUGGUGAUGGAGAUGUGUUUUUAAAUGUCUCUCGAUGAAUAUUACACAAAAACAAUAAGAUACGCGCGACGUUUGCCACGCAGACAAUAUUUGGCUGUAGAUCAGUUAACUGUUGGUUUUGUUGUUACCAUGGGAUUUUUUUUUCUUGUGACUCUAAGAGAAACAUAAAUGUAUCACCAGGCUAAUCCUUAAAGUCGCCACAGCUCUAUGAGUUGUGUUAAGUUAUUUUCAGUUUGCUGCUGCUGCUGCUGCUGUAGGUUGGUGUGAAACUUCAAUUGCACAGCCGAUGUAAAUAUGUGUGUCUCAAGUGUUGAGAAUGAAAAACGGACAAAAAAGAAAAUAGUCUUGCUGUGCAGUAGCAUGCAUGCCAGCCGGGUAGUUUAGAAAUGUUCUUUGUUUUUGUUUUUAUUUGUUUCGUUUUUUUAUACAUCUGCUUAUGUUGGAUUUAUACAUGUGAUGUUUCGAAUGAAAGAUUGUUUCUUUGGUAACUUAAAACUGGAUCUCAUUGGAGUCUUUCUUCGUAGGGAAACACGAUGUCAACAGUAUUUGAGUCUCUCACGACUAUCAGCAUUAUGGUGGUGUGUCCAUGUUAUGAAUCAGUAGACAAUGGCAAAAAAGAUCAAUCCUCAUUUUGUCAGGCUUGGUUCUGACAUAGCAGAGCAUGUGAAAUUCAUAUGAGUGAUUACAGAAUUAUGACAUAACGUCCUUUAUUUGAAACUCAAAUGUGUCAGCUAAGUUAGACGUGGUCAGUCGGUUGGGUGCUUUGUAACCCGGGCUCAGCCUGCUUUUGUGGCUAAAUUCACAAAGAGAAUAUAUCUUAUUAUAUGUAGAAUACUCACCGCCCCCUCAGAUUCACACAGAGUACAGUAUAUGCACAGAAGUGAUCAGCUUAAAGGCUAUCAAUAGCUUGUUUCACCAGUGCACCAGCUGGCGACACAAAGGCGGCCAUUGUUCGCGUGGCGUUUGUCGCAGGCAGCUCCAGCUCGGGCCGCGUCCUCACAGACCGUGGCUUCCUUCUCCGAUUUGCGAAACAACAAACACUUUGGCUUCUGUCAGAGAGCGUCUCAUUCAGCACAACGCGCGUUGUGUGUUGUGUCAACUCUGGACAGAUGUUAAUACAGAGAUGAAUACAUAACUGUCCAGUGUCCAUCCCCUCCUUCGCCCGCCGCCCGGCUCCCCCCAAGGGUUUCCAUGGAUACCUUCCCCGGCCACCGUUGCGACGUCACACCUACAUGAAACAGAGCGCAUCACCUCGGGUGACUUUUGUAAAGCCACUGAAGCGUGUGCGGCUCUGAAUGUAAAAUACCAUUGACGGGGGGAAAACUGUUGACUGUGACUCUUUCAUUAUUUCAUGUUUUUUUUGUUGUUGUUUCCUUUUCCAUGAUGGUGACGUUUACCAUGUUGAUUAUUUAAUAAAGUAUUGAGCUGAAAUCCAAA